AAUCACAGCAAAAUGGCUGCAGAAUGGGAGCUGGUUUAUUGGCCUGGUAUGGCUGGAAGAGGAGAGUUUGUCCGCCUAAUGUUUGAAGAGGCAGGAGUAACUUAUGAAGAUGUUGGUGAGACCCAAGGAGUGCAGGCUGUUCUUGAGUAUAUCCAGGGGAAAAACCAGGAAGGAGGAGGAAUCCCUAUAUAUGCUGUCCCAGUAAUAAUCAAGGAUCAAUUUAGAAUGUGUCAAAUGCCAGCAAUACUCCAGUACUUGGGAAAGAAGUAUAGCAUGGCUCCGGAUAGUCUUGAAGAAGAUGCAAGAGCAAUGCAAACCUAAGCCUGUUGCAGAACUUGAAAUAAAGUUAGAGCCAAAUCUGUAGCUUUCUCUUGAGAAAACUCAUAAAAAGUUUUCAUACUGGUCGAUGCAUGGUUGGUUUGGCAAGGAUUGGCUAAUUGCACUAAUCUUUUAAAAAAAUAGUGUCUAUAGUAAUACCAUGUGAAGGAUUCAUUCUAUCAGCCAGAUACUACUGAUACUAAUCAUAUUGUUUUAUUGUUUAGAUCACUCUUGGUGUUUCUGAUUUCAUUGAAGAGGGUCACAACGCCUUUCAUCCUUACGAGAGAUCAGGUACUUACGAUUCUCAGAAAGAAAUGGCAGCUGAUUUUAUUAAGAGGUUCUUGGAGAAACGAUUUCUAAAACACUUGCUCUAUUUGGAGAACUGUCUCAAGUACAACAAUGAUGGCAAAGGUUUCUUUGUUGGUGAUAAGUUGUCUUAUGCUGACAUUGCUGUUUUCAAUGGACUGAGAGUCAGUGACUCACAGUUUCCUGCAGAGUAUGCAGCUGCUGAUAUCCCGCUCCUUAAAGCAUUCAGGGAUAGGAUUGCCUCUAGACCAAAGAUAGCCGAAUAUCUUAAAUCAGACAGGGUCAAACCGUUCUGUGGGAAUUCAAUGAUGUAGGAGGAUGAUAGCAUUUCUUAUUGGGGAUAGACUUAGUUUUUAAUGAUCAAUUUUGAAUUGUUAUUUUAUUUUUUUAUAUAAAAACAUGUUGACUUAUUUCACGCAUUAUCUUCUCCGGUAGGCGGGAACAUUUUGCUUGCGGCGGAAUUCGGAAGAGGCCCAAAGAGGGAAGCAGUAGAUUUCAAGAAAGGGAAUAAUAUGCUGCUAUUCCUUUCGACUACUCUUCUGCACAGGACCCUCUAUGAUACCCGAUGGAGUAACAUAACGAGUAAUGGCCACAGUUCCGAUGAUAAUGCUCUCAUAGUUCGUAUAUUUGCCUGUUGCAUGAGCAGUCUCUCCAUAUUUGGGGCUCUCCUUAUCAUGCUCUCGUAUCUCUGCUUUAAAAACAUCAGGACAAAAGCAAGAGAGGUCCUAUUCCAUCUCUCCGUGGCUGACUUUGGCGUCGGCUCUACAAACCUAAUAGGUGCCAUUGUUAACUAUGAUGAUCUCAUUGAUAAGUGUAGAAAUCAAUCCUCAUCUGUUCUCUUCUCGUGCCCCACUUACGUAAGCCUUUGUAAGACCCAGGCCUUCUUUGCACAGUUUUUCACAGUCUCCUCGAUUCUUUGGACUCUCCUCCUAGCUCUCUACGUGUACACUCUUGUUCUCGAUAGCAGUCGAAAGCUUUCACUUUGGAUCGUUAGAUUUGGCUAUUUAGUCUGCUGGGGUAUGCCUCUUGGUCUUUCAAUUUGGUUCGUUCUGACAAGGAAACUAGGGAAGACAAAGAUUGGUGGAGCUGGUUGGUGCUCACUGAGGGCAGAGAAUAAAGAAGGGAAUGUGAAUCACUUUGCCGUUUUCUUUGGCAAUGAUAUAUGGGUAAUGUCGACGUUCGUUCUCAUAUUGGUCCUCUACACAACUCUACAUUGUCACUUGAAGGACAGAAUGAAAGAGAUGAAAAAGUACAAUUCGGACACUUUUAGUCAGCACUCUGACGCAAAGUUCCUAGCUAUACCAUUUUUCUUUCUCCUCCUUCAUGCUGGAAGUAUUGUUGUAUCUUUUUUGUUUGUGUAUACUAAAGCCUCUGAGAAUAUGAGCCAUACACUUCAACAUAUAGUGCUGUACUGGAUGUUUAUUGGUGAUUCAAGUGAAGGACUGGUGAAUGGUGUCAUAUUUUGUUUGCUGACUCCACGGAUACGUCAGAAGCUAUUAUCCCUCUGCUGCUGCUGCUCUUGUUACAAAUUCAAAAACUCUAAUCCUAGUUCCAUAGUUCGCUUCCCACGAGAGACAAUGGAGCAGAGAAGGUUGCUGGAGAACCCUGACUCUAAUGCCUCUCCUAAGUACAGUGUCAAUAGGAACAUGUCUUCAUCUGCUUCAUCCAUUACAUCUAGUAGUGACUCUGAAUACUGAGUUCCUCUUUCUUUUGUGUAUUAUAAAAUUUGCUUCAACCCACGCAGAUAAUUAA